UGAGUCGUUUCUUGACGGUCCCGAGGCCGGGCGAAGGCCCCCGAAGGCCGAAAACAGCGAAAGGCCUCCCGUCGUGCUCUUUUCACGACGCGAGGGGGUGGGGGAUUUUUCCUCCUCUGAGCUCCUUCCCCCUGCCCUCGAUCUCCCCACCAACCCCCGCUUUGCGGGGGGGGGGCGCCGCGUUCUUGAGCAGGGACCGACCGUCCCGGCAUUCCUAUAGGCCUACCACGACAUGCUCGUAGAACCCAAUUUUUUUCUGAGAACAAAAACAUGUACGUGAGUCCGCUGUGUGAAGACAAGACAGUCCCAGCCAGAAAUGCUCUCAGAGCAUUUCCUGGAAACCACAAAAAGGCUCUUGGAACAGUGUUGAGUGGGCCUGCACGCCAGGAGCGCGUCGCCACUGCUCGGCGCUCGGAGCGCCAGGAGCCCGCCCGGCCGCCGCGCACAGCGGGCGCAGGCCGGGCACAGCGGCGCCGUCCCGCGCGAGAGGGGGGGGGGCCCGCCUGCGUCGGUCGGGGCGACCCACUCGGGGGCGGAACCUCGAAGGCGCGCGGCGCGCGCGCGCGCCGGCGGCCAGCGCCGCGCGCGCUCGGCCCGUCGCGGCACGUUGGCCACGGCGGGCUCGCGUGGCACGGACAUGCGCUGCCACGCCAGUGGGAUGAAGUGCAGGGGGAGUGAGGCGAGGCGAAGGGAGGAGGAGGGGGGAGAAGGGCACCGCCGGGGGGCGCAGCGAAGGGUUCCGAGAAAUCCGGCGGCCGCGCCGUGGGGACGCGAGGCGCGCGGCCGGCCGCCAGCGACGUCGCCAGCGGGCGCGCUGCGGCUGGCAUCCGCCCGCGGUGGUGGCCUCUGGAGGCCCCCUGGCUGGGGCCCAGGAGCCUCGCGGCGGCCAACGGCACUGCUCGGCAGCACGCGAGAGUGGUCCCAGGCCCUGGGCAAGAGCGAGCUUUGCUGCGCGGCUGCGGAGGGGCGCGCGGGGGCCAGGCCCCAGCGCGCAGGCCGCUGCCACCGCACCACAUGCAGCGAUCGGGGGGGCCCAGUGUGGGGAAACCAGGAGGCACCGCGACGCCGCUGCUCCCCUGACUUCCCCCAGGGUGCCUUCUGACUAGGAGUUGGAGGCGAAUCCAGCGGUGGCGGCGAGAGCCUCACAGGAGGCCCAAGAAGGAGAAGACGAGGGAAGGGGUGGCGGAUCCGGUGCCUUUUCUCCUCCCCUGACAGCCGAG